AUGUACCUCAGUAGUUUCAUCCUUUUGGAAGCUCUUGCAGCUUUUGUGGCUGCAGUUCCCGUCGACAUCUCUACAGGCCUCUCCCACCCAUCUGCCCAAGCGUUCAGAGAUGGCAUACAAAGUGAAGAUGUCAAUAUCGAAGCAAACAUAGAAGAUGAGUCUCAUAUUCAAGUCAGGAAUGAGGCUGUGGUCGAUGCCCUCGACUUGGACAGUCAGAACGCCGGAGCGUUCAUUGAGUACUCCGACAGGAGGAACACUCACAACCCUCCUAAUAAUGACUUUUUGAUUGUCCCAAGGGCAAAUAAGCAGACGAAUAAGCCAGCAAGUAAGCCAGCAACUAAGUCAGCAAACAAGUCAACAAAUAAGGCAACACAGAAGCCAGACCUACGCGCCGACGACAAGAAGUUCAACAGGGACAAGCUACGACCCGACGACGCAAAAUAUAUAAGCAACCUAGACAAGCUCAACAGCGACAACUGUGGUGUGGAAUGCAAUAAGUCUCUGGCCUCGCACCGCUCUAAGCUGUCUGAGGCACAAAAGGAGCUGGAGCGAAACAAGAAAGAUCUCCCAGGGUCAAGGGCAACAAGAAAGGAAAAGAACAAUGACGAAAAUAAUUAUCAACAUGAUUUGAAUCACCUGAGGAAGGACAGGAAUGAUCUUGGCCUCAACGGCGAGAAAUCCCUUGCGUCAUGGCACUCGGUCGAAUCCGCGCAGAAGAAGGCGCACGAUGCCAAGAAAAACGAUGCCAAGAAAAACAACUGA